UUCGUUUCAUAAAACUCUUUAAUCGGCCAGUCUAUGCUUAUAACUUAGAUCUAGAUUAUAUUUUAUAUCUUAAUAAAUCUUAUCUAUUCAAGCUUGAUUAAGAUUAGGGUAUGAUCAUGUUUUAGCUGGCGGCCGUAGACGUAGUAGUACUACUAGACCUAGUAACUAGGACUAGUGACUAGAGACUUGUUUUGAAGGACAGUCAGUGAUGUCCGCUCUUGAAAGCAGUGUUUCAGCUCCAUCAGUAUCCAGCAGAGUAAGCAUUGAAGACUUUUCAAACUACACCAUGAGGAUGCAGUUCAAAAAGAAAAACAUUACUGAUGACAUCUUCCAGCAGUUUGAAUUUGAGCCUCAGGUCAUCAUGGAGUUUGAGGGUGAUGUUAACCAGGCUGCCUUGGAGUGGCUGAUAGCUAAGCUUCAGGCUCCGAGGAUUGAUCUGGGUGCAGAACUUUUAGUAUUUUCAGAUUAUAGAGAACACAACAAGGAAACAGUUUUAUAUAUUGGGGCCACAUUGGACAGACUAUUAAUAGGAGCAGAAGAAAUGAAAAUUCCGAAAAUCUACAAAGAUGGUUCACUUCGAGAGUUGUGUUUGUCUGAUAUCACUCAGUUUGAAAAAUCAGACAACUUGCUAGACUUCUUGACAAGUGCAGAGAAACAGAAAGUCAUUAUUAAAGGGAUUGAGAACAUCAGAGCCACUGAAGACGAUCACUAUAUUCCUGGAUACCCAAAGUACACAUUGUAUCCAGGAAAAAGUAUAAUAAAAAAAUACUUGAGCCGACAUAUCAUCACCAAUUUAUUUCCUCUGCACGAACAAGAGAAACUGAAGUUAAUCGCUAGAAAAUGGUAUACUCUGAAGAAUUAUUUUAAACCUCAGCCGAUAGAUUCCAUACAAGAAUACUUUGGUGUCAAAAUUGCCUUGUACUUUUCAUUUCUUGGUAUGUACACCAUAUCUCUGAUACCUCCAGCACUGAUUGGCAUCAUCUACUUCUUCUUCCCCUGGCAGAGUGUGUACAAGGAAGCCACAUUUGCUCUUUUCAACGUCAUCUGGUCUACAGUAUUCUUGGAAGGGUGGAAGCGAUACUGCAACUCUCUGUGUUUUAAGUGGGGCACAAUAGAAUCCUCUAUGAGCUAUUAUAGCUUUGAAGAGCCGAGGGCAGAUUACUAUGGUGUCAUAAGCAGAAAUCCUGUGACAGGUCAGCUGGAGCCAGAGUAUCCCAAGUGGAAAAGGGUCCUCAAAUUUUACCUGGUCUCUAUUCCCAUCAUCACCUUUUGUUUGACCAUUGCCUUUCUUCUCAUGCUGGCCUACUUCUGGGGAGAGUUUUGGAUGAAGAAAAAUGCUCCCCAAAAUUUGGGUAUAAUCAGCAAGAUGUACUCUUUGAUACCAGCAGUUAUGUAUGCUAUAACCAUUGGAAUACUUAACAGUAUAUAUCGGCAAAUUGCUGUCAAGCUGAAUAAAUUUGAGAAUCACAGAUUACCUUCAUCCUACGAAAACCAUCUGAUUCUGAAACAUGUUUUGUUUGACUUUGUGAACUGUUUCAUUUGCCUGUUUUAUGUGGCUUUCUACCUGCAAGACAGAGAACUUUUGAAAACAUUUUUAGGGACUAUUCUGAUAACACAACAAAUACUUGGACAACUCAAUGAGGCCAUGGUGCCUUUUCUGUUCAUGCGACGCCGACAGAAACAAGUGGACGAUGCUCUGAAGAAGUCAGAGGACACUCUGCAAGAAAACAGUAUCAAAGGGAACCUAACUGGCAGCCAAAGUGUUAGCACCAGUUACAAGAAGCAAGCAGCACUUGAAGGAAUGAUGGACAGGUUCAAUGGUUCUAAUGAUGACUACCUGGAGCUGUACAUCCAGUUUGGAUACGUCUACUUGUUCUCUUCCGCUUUCCCUUUGGCUGCGCUCUGGGCUCUCAUCAACAAUUUUAUUGAAAUUCGAACAGACGCUUUUAAACUUUGCCGGGUGUUUCAGCGGCCUUUUGCAGAGAGUGCUAAUAAUAUUGGAGCUUGGCAGCAAGCUUUUGAGGUAGUUGGUAUCAUAUCAGUCAUCACCAACUGUGCACUAAUAGGGAUGGACCCAGAAGUUCAGAAAUUACUGCCCUCUACACUAACUCCUGUCAAUAUGGUGCUGAUUUUUGUUGCUACUGAGCACAUAGUACUAGCUAUUAAAGCCAGUAUAGCAUUGCUCAUCCCAGACAUCCCUAAGUCAGUCAGUCUGCAGCUAGCCAAACAGGAAUAUGCAGCCAAAAUGGCCCUCAAGAGACAGAUGAGAGAAGAAGCCCAUGCAAAUAGAAGAAGCCAUUUGUUUUUUCGGUUGCGGGAUGCAGCAGCCAAGAAGAGAGCAUUGAUAGAGGCUUGGAAAAGAAGGCCGGUGUCUGGGUCUGAUGAUACUAUGUAAACAAGAACCAAGCUUGCCGUAAGACUUACGAAAACUUUCAGCCAUAAAGGAGACCAUAGGAUGAGAAUAUAUUUCAUAUCUGAUCAGCUGGUCACCUUACUGUAUGUUGGUUAACUUGGCAUUUAAUUAAUAGCUUGUUUACUUACUAAUAAAGUAAAUAGUACUAACUAUAUUUGUCAAUGAGGUGCAAUACAGUUUAUAAUUUCCCCCAUAACUCUUAUCUAAAUUAUGACCUAAAGUUUUGCAAAUGUACUCUAUUAUUUUUUUCAGACAAAAUGAUUAUUUGUUGCUUGUUUUAUUUAAUGUAUCAACUUUUUUUUAUCUUUUCUAAUGUUUUGCGUUUUAAAAUAUUAUUCUGUUUAAUACUUUUAAUUGUUUAAAAUAAAUUUAUACUCAACCACUUUAUUGUGCGUGCCAUAUCAAAACCUUGGACUCUUGUCUUCACAUAUUUAUAGAAGCUCUAUUGUGUUAUCUUGAAAAUAUAAUUUAUUGACUUAUUGUGAUGUUGUUUUAAUUUGUACUAGACUCGGCCCCCUCACCUCUCCCCUGCUGUGUAUCUGCUGUGGUGAUAGAACCAAUCACACUCAAGGUACUUUUGUACCUUAACAGUUCAUGCUGCUAAAAUAAACAAAAGAAUGUCAAACAUUUAGUUAAUUGUUAGGCAUUCUAUCUGGGUUUUUUUUUUAACAUGAGCAUGUUUUUAUUUUGUUCCAAUCUAGUUCAAAUGUAUUUUCUAAGCUGGGGGUUGUUUAGUAAGACACCACAUAUUUAUUUGAAUGAGUUACCAUUGUACUGUGUCACUACUAAUCUUAUCGUAUUAUCAUAUUUUUGUGACAAUUAGUUGCUCUAAUCUCACUAAAAAAAAAUUAUCUAUAUGUAUUACCUAUUAGACACACAGCAUUUAUAUUUUUAAAACUAUAUUUAUCUAGAUCACUGCAUUUACUGAAGAGUCUAGUGAUUUUUUAAAAUUUGUUUUAAUUGAUGGUCAGAGAGAUUUAAUGACUAACACCUAGUCUAGUUCUUAAGUCUGAGUAAUUUAGUCUUUUUGUUGUUGUUUUUUUAAUGAUGAAGAAAUACAUUGUUAGUGAGGAUUUAGUUUAGACUGUAUUGUUAGUGAGAUGAUAUAGUGAGGAUUUAGUUUGACUGCUUCAGGGAUUAGGCUUGCUUAUCAUUUUCUUCUUGAUACUCAUGACUUUGAAACAAACAAAACUAUGUUAGGUGAAGUAGAUAUGUUGUUUUAUUUUUGGUUGGCUUCAUGUUAACAUUGAUAUUGUGAAUAGAUAGUCAGUCCAUGCUGUUACCAAAAUGUCUAUAGAAGAGAACUCUCCUUAGAUCGAUCAUUGGUGUUAAUUAAUUGUGUAGCCUAUAAAUGGGCUGACUAAGUAAUGGCAAUAAUGAAAAAAAAACGUAUAAAAGUUCUAUUAGAAAGGCAUAGCUUUAUAAAGUCCACUACAUUGUUCAAUUUUAUGAAUGUGAUAACUAAUAACUGUUGAUUAAUGUAAAAGUAGAUGUAUAUGAUACCUCUGACUGACCCAUCAUGUUAUGUUGGGCUGCUAGUGCAACACCAGGGGGUAUUAGAUACCUUGUUGUUAGCCAAAGAUUUCGCUUAAGUAUUUUAUAUUAUAUAUUAUUCUAGAACAAAUUAAACUCCUUCUGUGAUACUAAAGUAGAAUGCUGGGCUAAUAAGGCAAAGCUCAUGGGUUUGAGUCCCCCCCAGAGACAAAAAGAUGACUUCACAUAGGUUAAGUCAGGAUAGUUGUGUUGACUUGAUUAAGCUGCAUAACAACUUUGUUAAACCUUGAAGACAAAUAAAUGAAUCUUAAUAUUUUCUGUAAAACCAUAAGAUUGCCAAGAAACUUUUCAAACUAUAUGGCUCAUAGAGUAGACACAGUAGAAUGUAUUAGAUUUUAUAGCUGACAGUUACUAUCCUUAUUGUAUUGGGGCCACAAUGGCUAGAAUCCUUACUUUCUAGACACAGGUCAGGUGUCAAACUAAUUUGGGAAACCUAAUUUUUAUUAUUUGCACCAUAAAUGUUUCUUGAUAUAACCGUCAUAAGUGAUUGUGAAACAGACUAAAGACUAUGUAUCAAUGAUUUGGUCAAUUGUUAUAUACACAUAUAUAUAUAUAUAUAUAUAUAUAUUGAUUGCUCCAGUGCAGUAUUUCUUAAGUUUAUGGAUAAAACACUAGAAUGUAUUUAAAAAAAAAUACUGCUGAGAUGUACAAGUCAUUCACAAUGUUUACUAAAGCAAAAACAUUUUUAGAAUAUUUUUGGUUGUGGGCAGCUUUCAUCCGUGAUUUUGUUUUUCUGAAAUAGAUUGUAUAGUUAUGUACUUUUUAUUAUGAACUAAUUACAUAUAUACUUUUUAUUAUUAACUAUGACUAUUAGCCUUGUUUUUACAAUUUAUCCAUUAUAUACAGGGCUAGACAUUUUCUGCUCAAACUAAAGCCUUGAACUUUGUAUCUUUUUCUAAAAGAAAUGAAAUAAUAUUGCAUCUUUCCUUCAUUUUUGUUUGGUGACGCUCAUUAGGUAAUUGCUCAUUGGUGUUAUUGUAUUAUUACCUUUUUUUUAAAAUUAAAAAACACAGUCUUUUUUACUUCUUUUUUAAAGUUUACUAAAAAUAAGUUAUUUUAAUAACUACUACAUUGCUAUAACAGACUUUUUGCUGUUUCAUUUAUCUCCCUUGAAAUCACUUCAUAUUAUUGGCCAGAAAAUAUGGCUUAUUUUUUAUCAUCCAAACGAAUGUUAGCUUAUUUAUGGUCAGUGGCUAGUAUUACAGGAUGUCUGCUACAUUUUUGUUCUUCUUUAUGAAGAGUGCUUUGUUUUCAAACUUGGCAGUGACCACCAUGUGCAGUAGUAGAGCUGUAUUGAACUGUUGGUAAUGGAGAUAUUAAAAAACUGUGUUAUUAUCUGGUGCUUCCAUUGAAACAUGUUAAAUCUUCAAGAUGGCGACUAAGACCUGAAUAUGUAGCAGUCUUGUGGUAGACACUAAGUUGUCUGAGGAUUCACUACUAAUAGAUAUUAGGUGUAUUGUUGUGGGUUGCAUGUAUUAUAAGUAGCAACACUUUGUUCUGUCUGACACUAUAUUGAAUCAAUCUGUUGGAAUUUACUUGAGUAAAUAGGCUAAGAGAAAUAACUGUGUUUAAUACAUUUUAUUCAAAAAAUAGACUAGACAUAAUUUUAUUGUUAAAUUUGUAUUUCUAUUGGACAUUGAUUUAUAUAAACAAAAUUUUGUGCCCAAUUUUUCGGUGAAUAUUUAGUGCAGUGCAGAUACUUUGUGUGAAUGUUUUAAAAAAUGUCUCUUGCAUUGACCUGGUAUACUGUACUAAACACAUGCACAAAAAAUACUCAAUACUAUAUGUUUUACACUGCAUGCAAACUGUUAUCAACUAGAGGUUCAGUCUCACUUUUCCCCUCAAUUUCACUGCUACCUGUUCACCAUAUCUCUCUCUACUAUUUUCAAUUUUAAUUUACAAUUGUAUGUAGCCUGUAAACAAGUUUCAAUAUUAUUAGAAAAAAAAAUAUUUAAUACAUAAAGUUGUUUACCAUUUUAAAGCUGUUUAUUGUAGGAAUUUAAAAAAUAUUUAUAUCACCAUAUUUAAUAUUUAACCCUGCAAUUGUACUGCAAUGUGUAAUGUUUUCUUCAAUCUUUCAAACUGCUGUGACUUAGGUUUAUAUAGCUGUGCUACUUAUAGUUCAAGCUGUUCAAUUAUAGUAAAUUAUUGACAUUCAUACCCAAUGUAAUAAUUGUGAUCAUUUAUCUUAGAACAAAGCUAACCUUGAAUCAUUUCAAAGUGGAAUGCAAAUGUAUAUACCAAUGAUCAACUUUACAUAUUACCAUAUUGUUGAAACAAAUGGCACAAAUUAUAUGAGAAAUGAAUGGCCUUACUGUUAGAUCAGAAAAAAAAUUAAGUUUGUACAGUAUCCUGUAUGUAUUAUUGACAUUCAAAAUCUAUCAUUCUAUGGCCAUGGCUUUAGACUAGACCUAGAUCUAUAUAAGUUUUAUUUUUGAACAACACAUAAUGGUUCUUACAGAAGUGCAAACUGAAUAGAAUUUAAACUUGUUUUUCCUACAACUUAUUUAUUACAAAAAACAUCUCAUCUAAAGAUCUUUUGUUUGGGGACA